AAUAGCGGCUCGCGCGGCCGCGGCGCUCAGUGACGAGAGGCUUUGUCUGCUGCGGGGCUGCUUGCGUCUGGGUGGCUCGACGCGCUUCGGCGGUUUGCGGUUUCAUCACACUCGUGGACAGGUCAAAAUGCAGAUCUUCGUGAAGACCCUGACCGGCAAGACCAUCACCCUGGAGGUGGAGCCCAGUGACACCAUCGAGAACGUGAAGGCCAAGAUCCAGGAUAAAGAGGGCAUCCCCCCUGACCAGCAGCGACUCAUCUUUGCUGGGAAGCAGCUGGAAGAUGGCCGCACCCUUUCUGACUACAACAUCCAGAAAGAGUCCACCCUGCACCUGGUCCUCCGCCUGAGGGGUGGCAUGCAGAUCUUCGUGAAGACCCUGACCGGCAAGACCAUCACCCUGGAGGUGGAGCCCAGUGACACCAUCGAGAACGUGAAGGCCAAGAUCCAGGAUAAAGAGGGCAUCCCUCCCGACCAGCAGCGACUCAUCUUUGCUGGGAAGCAGCUGGAAGAUGGCCGCACUCUUUCUGACUACAACAUCCAGAAAGAGUCCACCCUGCACCUGGUCCUUCGCCUGAGGGGUGGCAUGCAGAUCUUCGUGAAGACCCUGACCGGCAAGACCAUCACCCUGGAGGUGGAGCCCAGUGACACCAUCGAGAACGUGAAGGCCAAGAUCCAGGAUAAAGAGGGCAUCCCUCCCGACCAGCAGCGACUCAUCUUUGCUGGGAAGCAGCUGGAAGAUGGCCGCACCCUUUCUGACUACAACAUCCAGAAAGAGUCCACCCUGCACCUGGUCCUCCGCCUGAGGGGUGGCAUGCAGAUCUUCGUGAAGACCCUGACCGGCAAGACCAUCACCCUGGAGGUGGAGCCCAGUGACACCAUCGAGAACGUGAAGGCCAAGAUCCAGGAUAAAGAGGGCAUCCCUCCCGACCAGCAGCGACUCAUCUUUGCUGGGAAGCAGCUGGAAGAUGGUCGCACUCUUUCUGACUACAACAUCCAGAAAGAGUCCACCCUGCACCUGGUCCUUCGCCUGAGGGGUGGCAUGCAGAUCUUCGUGAAGACCCUGACUGGCAAGACCAUCACCCUGGAGGUGGAGCCCAGUGACACCAUCGAGAACGUGAAGGCCAAGAUCCAGGAUAAAGAGGGCAUCCCUCCCGACCAGCAGCGACUCAUCUUUGCUGGGAAGCAGCUGGAAGAUGGCCGCACCCUUUCUGACUACAACAUCCAGAAAGAGUCCACCCUGCACCUGGUCCUCCGCCUGAGGGGUGGCUAUUAAUUCUUCAGUCUGCAUUCCCAGUGGGCAAUGAUGGCAUUACUCUGCACUAUAGCCAUUUGCCCCAAUUUAAGUUUAGAAAUUACAAGUUUCAGUAAUAGCUGAACCUCUGUUAAAAAUGUUAAUAAAGGUUUUGUUGCAUGGUAAGCAUA